AUGGCGGCGAGAAACCGGUUGCUCAUCGAGCUCCGAGAGGCCCAGCGGAUGAAAGAUCCUCAAGUUCGUCUGGAGGCCAACCACGACAAUUUGUACGAGUGGACCGCGGUCGUCUCGGGGCCAAAUGAGUCGCCGUACCAAAAAGGCAAGUGGAAGCUGCGCCUGACGUGUCCUUCCACCUAUCCUCUCACGCCGCCGACAGUUACUUUCUUAACGAAGUGCUUCCACCCAAACGUGGACUUCCGGACAGGUGCGGUAUGCCUCAAUAUUCUCCGAGAAUCCAGCUGGACGCCUGCGUGGAACCUCCACUUUGUGUGUGUUGCGAUUUGUGCACUGCUGGACCAACCCAACGCGGACAGCCCCCUCAACUGUGACGCAGGCAACUUGAUAAGGUCUGGAGACCUGAGAGGCUUUCGCUCGAUGGCGCGGAUGUACACUGUCGAGUACGCGAGCUCCGAGAUUCCGCUUGAGUGCGAUGAACAGUAG